UAAUCGGUCAAGCGACUGUCGAACUUAAGUCUGAGUGGUGAGUGCGGAGGGAUAGAGUGGGGGAAGGUGUAAAAUCGAAGGUGGUAGGAUUUUAUUGUUGGGAUUGAAGGAAGCUUUUGCUUUUGUACUACAGUGAUACUGAUUUCGCUUGAAUAUUAGAAAUGUUGGCAUGUCGGCGGUCUGCCUUAACAUUCCUAAGAUACAAUGCAAAUGUGAUGUCUGCUGAGAAACGUGAAAAGCAUACUUUACCAGAUUUGCCAUAUGAUUACAAUGCAUUGGAGCCAGUCAUCAGUGCAGAAAUCAUGAAACUUCAUCAUUCCAAACACCAUGCAACAUACGUAAAUAAUUUAAAUGUUGCAGAAGAGAAACUUCAGGAAGCGAAGGCAAAAAAUGAUAUUAGUACAAUAAUAAGCUUAGCCCCAGCACUGAAAUUUAAUGGUGGUGGCCACAUCAAUCACACAAUAUUUUGGCAAAAUCUGUCUCCAUGUGGUGGCAGUGCAGAAGGUGAGCUGUUAGAAGCAAUAAAAAGAGACUUUGGAUCACUGGAAAACAUGAAGGCAAAGUUAUCUGCUGCUGCUGUUGGAGUACAGGGUUCAGGUUGGGGUUGGCUGGGCUACAAUAAAGAAACACAGAGAUUGCAGCUGGCUGCAUGUGCCAACCAAGACCCUCUACAAGCUACUACCGGUCUGAUACCUCUGUUUGGUAUUGAUGUUUGGGAACAUGCAUAUUAUUUGCAAUACAAGAAUGUUAGAGCAGAUUAUGUAAAGGCUAUUUUUGAUGUAGUCAACUGGAAGGAUGUAUCUGAAAGGUACGCAAAGGCGAAGUGUAGCUAAGACUGUCUAUUGGCAUGUAAGAAUUGCCAUAGUAUUAUUCUGUAUGUUUCUCAUCAUCAACUGAACUGAUGUUGCUAUAUGCAUUUUGUUAUUUUUGUCUUACCUAUAUACACAGUCAUCAAUAAAAUGUGAACACAUUUGAUUUUUGUAUUGAGAGAGUAGUGUAUGUUGGUAACGUUAUGUAAGAUGAUACACACAUGCCUAAGGCUCUGUACAGUGUAAAAUAAAAUUUACAUUUAAACAAAAAUAAAUUUUCAUGGGCUAUUUAAAAA